GAAUGAUUUGCCGGAACUCCCAUCAAGACCUACCAACACGGCCCGCUCGCACGAUGCUGGCGGUGCCCGAUGACUUUACACUGCGCGCUGUCGUGGGUGGGGUCGCCGUGGGCUCGCUCCUCUGCGCAUCGAACCUCUACUUUGGCCUGCAGUCGGCCUGGAUCACCAUGGCGUCGCUCCAGUCCGCCCUUGUCGGCUACGGCCUCGUUCGUGCGUUGCCCAACGUCCUCAACUUCGCGGGCGUCCCCUUUACGCCCCAGGAGAACGCCGUGCUGCAGGCAACGGCAGUGAGCCUGGGGAGUAUGCCACUCACGGCAGGCCUCAUCGGCAUCGUCCCCGCCUUCAAUCUGCUUAGACCGGAGAAGGACGGCGCCAAUGUCGAGGCGUUCUCCUUUGGCUGGGUCGGCCUCCUCUUGUGGUGUGCCAGCAUGGCUUUCUUUGGCAUCUUCUUCGCUUCUCCAAUGCGAUCGCCAAUGAUCCUCCGCGAAAAGUUGCGGUUUCCGAGCGGUAGCGCAACAGCACAGCUCAUCGCAGUGCUCCAUGGCACCACUGUUCGCAAGGAGGGGAAGCAGCUCGAUAGCAGCACGCAGCCAGAGGGCCUUGACGACGAGGAGAGGCGGCCGCUCCUUCCUAAUCCAACAGACGCGCCCCGGCUGGACUCCGAUCGGAUUGAUGCCGAGAGGGGCAUGCCUGCGCUUGUGUACAGCUUUGCAGCAUCAGCGACGACCACGGUCGCCGCCUUCUUUCUCCCAGUCAUCUAUGCCGUGCCGAUCUUCGAUCCUCUACUCCCGAGAAGAGAUGCGGCCGCCAGGUGGGGUUGGUGGUUCACACCCUCCCUCAGCUACAUAGGUCAAGGCAUCAUCAUGGGCCCGCAGACAACUACGUCUAUGUUCCUGGGCGCCCUCGUCGGCUGGGCGAUCCUCUCGCCCCUUGCCCACCACAUGGGAUGGACAAAUGGCGUGCCGAUGGAUGCUGAAGAAGGUUCCAGAGCCUGGAUCCUGUGGCCAUGCCUCGCCAUCAUGACGUCCGAGUCAAUCGUGGGCCUCCUGACCCUUCUCGCACAGCAGCACUCUGCGAGACAAAGUCCGUCCAGCACCGCCGAGGAGGCCGAAGAGGAGGAGCCUCCUGAGAGGUUGACUCCAACCAGCUGGGCCCUGGGUGGCCUGGUUCUUGCUACAGGUGCCUCCGUGGGCAUCCUUGCCGUCCUCUUUGGGGAGCAGCACGUACAAUUUUGGGUGCCUCUCGUCGGCGUUGUCUUGGCCGGCAUACUGAGCAUCCUGGCUGUACGAGCGCUCGGCGCAACUGAUCUCAACCCGGUGAAUGCGCUCGGAAAGCUCAGCCAGCUGGCCUUUGCUUUUCUUCAGCCGGGUGGCAUCCUCGCCAACAUGAUCGGAGGAGCGCUCUCUGAGGCUGGCGCCAUGCAAGCCGGAGAGCUCAUGCAGGACUACAAGACUGGCCAUCUCGUCCACGCUUCGCCCCGGGGCCAAUUCCUUGGCCAGAUGGCAGGCUCUGCUGCGGGUGUCGUUGUUUCCACAGUCACAUACAAGCUCUAUGAACGAUCCUAUCGCCUGCCUGGUCCCGAGAUGCCCGCUCCGGCAGCCCGGCUCUGGCUCAACUUUGCCAGGCUCGUAAACAACGGCGCCCUUCCCAGGCGCUCAGCCGAGGCCAUGGCCGUAUCUGCCAUUCUCUUUGGGCUAAGCACACUGGCAAAGGGCGCUGCUCAAUCGCGCAUCGAAGCUCGAAAGCGGCUGCGGCCAGGUGCGCAAGGGGUGCACACAAAGCAACAGCUGUGGGAGAGCAUCGCGCUCGGGUUCCCUAAUGGCAUCGCCUUUGCGGUCGGACUGGGCCUUAACACGCCAAAUUACAGCUUGGCCAGACUUAUCGGUGGUGUUGUGAGCUGGUAUGCGCAGCGAAAUAGUCGUGCUUCCCCAUCCGGUCUACCGCCCGUGGGCCUCCUCGUGCUCAGCGCUGGCUUUGUCCUAGGAGAGGGCUUCGCGAGCAUCGCCACGCUCCUUCUGAAAGAAGCUGGGCUCGGACCAAUCUCCUGUGCAGGAUGCAGGGGUGGCUGUGGGGGUGGUUGCUGAUGGUAUAGAUUGUAGCGAUAUAGAAGCAGUGUAGACAGAAGCAAUGAUACCAUGACCUGCUUCCCUAC